CAUUCCUCCUCUAGUGUUGCAAAGGUUCCGCCUGACAAAGAUGUGACUUUCAGGAAAGAAAUGGCGUCCUGUGUCGUGUUUCGUUGGUCCAUGUUUGUUAUAGUUUGGCCCUUGCUUCUCCUCCCUUCGACCCAAGAAAUUCAAGUAAGGGUAAGCUGCCACAAGUAUUUGACGAACUUUGCCCACGCAGCGGCGAACUUCACUUCAUGUGCUAUACAGCAUUCUCGUCCUUUCCGUUUUUGCUGCAGUUGUAAUAAGGCCUAUGUCGCGGUACUUAACAUACACAGGACUAUUGUAGAUAACGACACUUGCCACGGUGACUUGGUAAUGGGGGAACAGCAUCAGAUUGUGGAAUCUGCGUAUGAUUUUGUGGUAAAUCUCUGGACAAGCUCUCACUGUCCAGAUUGCUUUCACAAUGAUGUUGAUGGUACACCUGAGUAUGUAAAACCAAAGAUUACUGAAUUUUUUGAAAAGUGGGAAGCUGUAGAGCACUGUUUCUUCAACAAUUCCAGGAACCACACAAUUCCUGUGCCAGUAAAUGGGUCACAUCAAAACAUAUCAGGAGUAUACAGUGUGUGUGAUAACUGUAGAAAGCCAUAUUCUGCCCUGGAGGAAUUCUACAAGAGUAUAGCAAAUUCUGAUGAUCUCAAAGUUUGUGCUGAUGUGUCUGCUUCUAUGAAUUAUACACGACAGCACUGGAGCAAAAGUUUUCACUGUGUCAAAAUUUUCCAUGAUCUGGUCUCUGUGGUGGCUCUUACAGUGUUUUUUUGCUUCCUUCCCAUCAUAUUUUACUCUGCUGCUAGACUGCAGGGUGCCUCAGAAGUCAGGAAAACAGAAACUAUGAGGGCUCCUCUGACCUGAAAGUCUGCAACUGAGGGGCAACAUGUCAUCCAGGUUUUGAACAUGUUAAGUGUUCAGAGUUGCUCAAAUGCUGACUUGAUCAAAUGUAAAGAUCAUUGAGGUUGCUUCACUCUUUACAUUCCAGUGGGAAAAUUCCACAUAAGUUAGAGGAAAGAAAUGAGUGUAUUAACUGGAAACACAUCCAGUUGAAUCUUGAGGAACCUUUGCAAGAACCUUUGUUGGAAAAUAGUGAGAAAACUUAAUUAAUCUUUCAGAGAAGUGGAAAUGAGUAGAAAAGCCCCCUAUCUAAUUGUUGACUCUGAAAAAUAAUUGAAAUGACUGAUAAAUGAAUUAAAUAACUUCUACAGUAUGCAUUUGCAUGUGCAUACUACACCUUAAAAACUCACCAAAAUUUCCUUGUAUACAACUGUGAACUCCUCUCUUCUGAUUGGUGUGCUCACAUUUAUGAACGUCAGCAUCUUGCUGCAAAUCUUACUGUUCAGUUUUCUUUGAAAUUGUUGAUUAAAUUGCCUCUGAGAAACUUUAUCUAAACUAAAGGAGGUUACCAAUGUUGCAACCUCCAGCAAAAAAUAAUCUUCAAAUUAAUAAACGUCACAUUUGUUUAAAAAACUGAUAAAGGAUUUUACAUCAUCGGCGUUAGCCUUCAACAUCCAACUCUGACUUCCAGAAAUGAGUAACAAACGACUCCUUCUAUUCUAUAUCAAGAUAUUUUAUGGCAAACAGGUGUGAGGGAUAGAAAGCUUCAGCUUGAUUUAACACGAAAAUUGUCUCAACUAGUACACAAGUAACUGGAUGGCAGCUGGAAGGAAAAAUUUUAAAUCUGACCUUGGGAGUAUAGGGGCUAGGUUAUAAAGCUUCUUGAUUUGUGCAGCAACCCUUUGUUUGGUCCAAGACACUCAUAAGAAGUUUUUAUGUCUUUAAUAUUUUUAUUUCUUUGAUAUUUUUAUUUCUUUGAUUGUUGGUCUGUUGUGGAGAAACUCUAAACAAUCACUAAAGUUUGCACAAAGUUUUGAAUUUGAAAUAGAAGCUAGGUAUCUUGUAUUAAUAUUGAAGAACAUGGUAUGUCUACCAAAGAAUAGAAUGUCAGGUUCACUUCUCA